GUGUCUUCCUGAAGUACAGGCCGCUAGCUCCGGCGUGCGCGCGGCUGUGAGCUUGAGCUGGGCCACGGCUGCACUUCUUUGCACCGUAAGACGUGUUGCAGAGCAUCGACUCACAGAUCAUCGGUUUUGGGCAAUCGAUGCGAUUAUCUGAUCGCGUUUUCACAAAGUGCUCUCCACAAGCAGCCAGGAGAGCAACUGCAUCAAAUUGCUGCAACCAACUGCUCCACUGACAGCGUAAUCUUGCGGCCGCUGGACAAACAACCGCUGCUGCAACAGCAGCAAUGCGCCGCGCCCUAGCCGUCUGCUGCGCGUCAUCUGCAGCCGCGCUCGACACGGUCUCGAGCCGCCUCCUGCGAAGAGUGAAACGCGUAGAUGCUGGAGGCGACGCGUACCGGUCGGCGCGCGACUUUGUGCUGAACGGCGAGGCACUGGGGAAGGUCUUGCCGCAGGCCGCCGAUGCAUUAAAGCCGUUCUUCGCAGUAACAGACGACGCCGUCGCGCUGGACGCCGCGGACCCGACUGCUGUUCUCAAGGACGCCUUCGACGCAUUAAGAGCGCAGGACGCAAUACCGAUGCUGCGCGGCUGGAGAGACGAGCCCUUCGCGAUACGGCCAUCCUUUGCCGCCCCUGCGAGAGCCGUGGUCGAGCGCGCGGCCGCGCCGCUCCUGGGCGCGCCGGCGUACGGCGUCUUCUGCACGGCUUACGUGCAAGACGACAGCGGCGCGCCGGCCGAGGUCUGGCUCGGCCGCCGGUCGAAGAGCAAGCCAACGUGGCCGGGCCUGCUCGAUAGCGUGGCAGCCGGAGGUCUGGCUGCCGGCGAGCUACCGCGCGACGCCAUGGCUGCGGAGUGCCAGGAGGAGGCCGGCGUGGCUGAAGACAUGCUACGGGGGCUCAAGCCCGUCGGCGCCGUGUCGUACACGGGCUUCCACCAGGACCGGGACUGGGCCGUCAAGCCCGACACGCUAUUUUGUUUUGACUUGGCCGUACCUCACGACUGGGCUCCUACCCCGGUGGACGGCGAGGUCGAAAGCUUCGAGCGGGUAUCGAUCACAGAGUUGAUCGACCGCUUGGUCCAGGACGACGACGCCUGGAAGCCGAACGUGGGCUUGGUGCUCACCGACUUCCUCGUGCGCCACGGCCGCGUCCCCGCGGACGAUGCCGAAUACCUCGACCUCAUCCGGGCGCUGCGGAACGGGGGAUGUGCGUGACGUUUUAAUUAUCAGC